GGACGUGGGGCUCGGCGACGUGGACCGUACAGUUCCUGCCGUGGGGCUGGACUCAGGCUUGUCUUGCUAAUUUUUUUUUUUUCCCCCUCUGGUGCCGUUGUGGCUGUUGUGUGUUUUGUUUCUCUUGCUAUACAGGUAAACGACAGGACAGAAAUCUGUGUGCAAACGUUGAAAGGCUUUCAGAAGUUCCAGUAGAUCAUUCAUUGCUGAAGGAAUAGGGAGAGUGUUAUGGAUGAGGUCUCCUAUUUAACUUCAGUGCUCUCUCUUGGCACGCGUGUGUAGAUACAUUCUGAAAGUUUGGCACUUGUUCAUUGGUUUGGCGCUUGAAUAAAAAAAAAAGGAGAGUAAGCUGAGCUAUUAUGGAAUAGUAACACUGUCUUGAUUAAACUGCUGAAAGCUCCUUUCUCUUCCCUGUAAGCUCUGGUGGCCAAACUGCACAAAUCGAGAGUCUUUUAAACCCCUUUACAUGGGCGAAGUUAGAGUUAGAGCUGCGUUAUCGUUCCUACUCUUUGCUGAAAGUUUCCUAUGUCAGGUGGACAGCGUGAAUCAUCUCUGAUCUUGUUUUUGUUACUGGAAGAUGAGCAAUUAAGUUGUUUAGAUUUCUUAACUUCUGUUUCUCUUUGCUCCUGAUAAAGCAGGAUCAAACUUCUGAGCCUGCGAAACUGGGAGGGAUUGAUCAAAGGUGGUGCCUGAACAGAACAACGCAGGCUUUAUGCUCAUUAGAGGUGAUUUCGGCUCAACCCCUAGUGCCUUUUCUGCUCGUAUUGGGCCAGAAUGGGCCUAUGCAAACUGGCAGGUGAGAUACGGAAGACUUGACAAACUCUUUCAAAAUGGUAUCAUCAAAGAGCAAUAUCAAAGCUAAAAUCCCCCCAACAGCGAAAAGGCAUCUAGCAUUAAUGUUGCAUGGGCAGAAACAUAUCCUGCUAAGAAGUACUUCCUCUGCCAAGAAUUUUCAAAGUGCAGGAAGUAUAACAAGUAUAAGGAAAAUCUAGAAAGCCCCAGAAGAAAUCAGGUUCGUGUUUCCUCCCUGUUUUCCUGUCACUGUUUUCUCCCUUUCCUCAACAGACAGAGGAACUCUAUUUCAGAGGUAUUAAAGGAGAAAAUCUAGAAAUUUUUCCUGCCCCCACCCCAAAUAUUUUGAUGUAACGUGAAAUGUUUCACUUAGAUAGCUUGGGGGGAGGGGGAAUCCAAAUAGUGAAUUUCUCCAGCAAAUGUCCCACUGAGCAACAAGAGAGCAAGCUGUCCAUGUUAAUGAUACCAUAAAAUAUGUAAUUAGGUCAGAAGGGGAGCAGCUCUCCAGACAAUGUCUCGACAAGCAGAUAGAAAUCUUGCGCGUUCCAAGGGAAGCGCCAGGUGCGUGGAUACGGAAAGCAGGCUUUGCAGCAUCCCCUGAGCAGCAAACUCGCCCAAACUGGAACGCCCGUUUUCUCAUUCUAAGGCCCUGAUGGACAAGAUAGGAAUAACUCUCCUCUACGUAUUUUUGCGCAACGCUGCUUUGUGUUUGUUUUUUUUUUUCUUUGAUUCUUUGAAAAUAAUUCCUAUUCUGCUGUGACUGCUAGAGCUCUUGUCCAUGUUCUGAGGAUCUCCCACCUUAACCGUAAUCAGGUCCUUCCUCCUGCAUUGCUGGUGGCCUACUGACUGUCAAAAUCCCGAACGCUGUAGCCGGAGCUACCUCUCUCGCCCCUUUAGACUCUGUGUUGGCCCCUGUCUCUCGCUGGGUAACCUUUAAACUUGUCUUUGAAACUUAGGGCCAGCUUUCUGUGUCUGAAUUCCAAGUCUUGUUUUUGAUGUGUUAAUGUGUCAAUCUGUACUUUUCUGUUUUUCACUUAUUAGCUGUUGUACCUGGAGGUAUACGCAGAGCCAUCCUACUUUGUUUCUUUGCUCUCUCUAAAAUUCUUCCUAAAAAUUCUUUUGAAGCCCACCAUGGAAUAAUGUUCCUGCUUUCGGUCAUGUUCACUGAAGUUGAUUGAUUGGGGAGUAUGGGUAGGUUUUUAUUUUUUCUUUUAGCAUAUAUUUAAACUCAUUUAAUAUGUAGUGCCAAGCUCAAGGGUGCUUGAGAAAUAAAAAGAGGAAUUUUCCACUCAGAAAUUUGUAUCCCAGCCUCUUGCUAUCUUAGAAGAGUUUCAUUGUCAUGCAAAUUGUUUACAAGAAGAAAUAAAUAGAGACUUUGUAUGUCAUGAGCAAAGUGAUUUGUGGAUUUAAUAGCAGAAGGUUAGACAGAGGUAAUAUUGUUUGCUUAGUUGCGGCUUAAAUUAAGAGAUCCUUUGUCUUCCAUAUGUAAAUCUUUAACCAAAAUAUACCUGCUCGCAGCCUACAGAUUUCUGGAGUGUAGGAGCUUCCUUCUAUUCUUUGUUUUGGUUAAUGUCUCUACAUUUUGCAUCCUAGUACUUAAUCGUGUGAAUCCUGUUUUACUUUAUUUAUUUAUUUAUUUUUUCCUUAGGCUGCAUCUGCCACAAGUGAUUCCUUUUAGCUAAGACGCCUGCAGAGGAGCCUACUUCAGAGCCUGCAGGCUCUUUAUUUGUAUGUGUGUAGUUCAUAUUUAGUCUGAUGUUUUGGCAAGUUUAAAUGGAAUUAUUUCCUACUGCAAAUGUUACUCUUCUAAAAUUGAAGCCUUAGUCAAGUAAUUGAUGAUAUUAGUGCUGUAAAAGAGCAGUCGUGUUCCAGGCUUUUUUGUUACCUUACUACCAUGCUCCCCAUCAGAAGCUCUAAUGACUUCUUAAAUAAAGCCCCAACAAGAUAAAUAACCUUUGAAAAAUAUAUUUUCGUUAGAAAAUUUUGGAACUGAUUGAGUCAAGUGAUUUUAUCUGCCUAUGGUACAGGGCACUUGUGACUUUAGAGUGUACCAAAAUAUGAAACUGCCUGUAUUGCAUUAUAAUGUUGGUGUGAUGACGCUCUGGAACAUCGCUGUCUGUUGUGUGCAGGUAGGAGUGCAGUCCUGGGAUACCUUGUGUCCCUGUGAAAAGCUGUGGACGGAAAUGAAUCGAGAUGUGCGCCCUUGGGGGAGCUUGUGGUUUGUGUUUUGAAAACAGAUUUUUUUUCCAAGUCUUUGCAAUUUAUUUAUUUUGGAAACUGUGGACUGGACAUGAAAGGCUUUGUGUAUCUCAUUCUUCAUAUGACUUCUGUUGCUAUACUUGAGCUUAUAAUGCAAGUAUCCAGUUAACUUAGCUCUGCCGUUUCCAUGAUGUCACUUUUUAUCAACUGAUCAAAAUAGCUGUCUGUUGUGUGGUUAAUUCAUUUGGGAAAAAAAUCUUGCUCUGGAAUUUUUGGUUGCCAUUAAGAUUUGCAGCACCAAAUCAUCUAGUAUUUAAGCCAGAGAUUUGAAUUAAAUGCAGGAAUAAGCUUUAAAAUCUGCUCUCUCUCUGCUGCAGUUCAGUGAUAUGGCCUUUGGCAGCAAUACCAGCUUAUGAUGUUCCUCCCCCCUGUGAUUCGUUCCCACCAUGUGCUACCGCUGGCUUGGUUGUGCCAACGCGACUGACUGCGGUAGUGCUCCGUAAACGGGAUGGAGCGACCGCUGCUUUGUGUGUGCGGUCACAGCUGCGGAGGAACAUGCUGCCUGGGAGGGAAGGGGAAGCAGGGUUCGGAAACAUCUGAAGACAGCGUGUCAGGGUGUCGGGGCAGGUAGUGAUCUGCCAUACAGGGGAAACAGAAGCAGGGACUGGAAUGGUGAGUUACGGUCGCCUCUUUAGAUGUACAGUGUUACGGCAUUAAAAUAUAUCCGCUCUUCUGUCAUUGUUUGCAACAGCUAUACCUUUUGGGUUCAGAAAUACUAUGCUGUAUUAUAUGUUGUCAGUAACAGCGUUCAACCCCAAUUAAUAAUACAAUGUUAAAAACUUUUAAUUUGUAGUGCCUUUAACUUUAUAUUAAAGGGGUUUCAGCUGUGGCUUUUGCAAAAUGCAACAAAUGUUUCUAAGCCUCUAAUUUAAGCGACUUUACUUUUUUUUCUUUCUUUCUUUCUCCCAGCCCUGUUAAAUGAAAAUCUUCGUGCAACUAUUCUGGAAUAAUACAUGCAGUCCUGCUGUCAGUUUUUGCUGGACUUCUUUUCUGGGUAAAGAAUGCAGACAAUAAAGUGCGUAGUUGUCGGAGAUGGCGCUGUGGGAAAAACUUGUCUUCUCAUCAGCUAUACCACCAAUGCCUUCCCAGAAGAGUACAUCCCUACUGUGUUUGACAACUACAGUGCCCAAAUGACUGUCGAUGGCCGGACAGUUAGCCUGAAUCUCUGGGACACUGCGGGCCAGGAGGAAUACGACCGCCUGCGCACGCUCUCCUAUCCUCAAACCAAUGUGUUUGUCAUCUGUUUUUCCAUUGGUAGCCCCUCUUCCUAUGCAAAUGUGAGGCACAAAUGGCAUCCUGAAGUUUCUCACCACUGUCCUAAUGUUCCCAUUCUUUUAGUGGGCACCAAGAGAGACUUGAGAAAUGAUCUGGAAACAGUUAAAAAAUUGAAAGAGCAAAGCUUGGCUCCCACUACCCCGCAACAGGGGACUUCACUGGCAAAACAAAUUGGAGCAGUCAAAUAUUUGGAGUGCUCAGCAUUGAAUCAGGAGGGUGUUCGGGAGGUGUUUGCUGAAGCUGUGCGUGCUGUUCUGUAUCCUGUGACAAAGAAGAACACGAGAAAAUGUGUCUUAUUGUAGUUACCUCGGAUAAUGGGUGUUCAAAGUUGAAUAUUGACUAGAAUCUUGGAGGGCUCUUUGAGUUAAAUUGAAGAUUUGCAUCUUGCACUAACAGCUCUAAGCAGAAAUGGUUUAUGCAAAGAAUAUUCUUGCAGUCUUAUUGCUUCAGGGAAACUGAAACAGAAGAUUUUUUUGUUUUGUUUUGUUUUUUCUUCCAACUGAGAGGUCAAACAUCUACUUAACUUUGAAAGUUCUAGUCUCCAGCUUCUCCAGGGAUCACUUGGCUUCUGUUUUUAUUCAGUGGAGGAGAAAAAAAGAAGGGACUUCUUUGAAGCCAAUCUUUUUUUUUUACUAGAUAGCCAUCAGUUACUGGACUUGCUGAAAAGCACAAAUUCUGAUAACUUUGCUUUAAGUGUAGCUGCUGCUUUUCCUAUCCCCUCUUUACUGAUCAAAUUGGUUUUAGAAAACAGAAGUCUGGCUGUCCAGUUGUGUUAAUUUGUCAAUUUAAAGCUUGAAAACCAUUUGUUUACAUGCAAAAAUGCCUAUAAUAUUACUGAGCUUCACUUUAUAGUGAAGUUGUGAUCCUUCAUAUGAAAAGUUAACAUACGGCAUAUUUAAUCCAACGAGCAAGACGCAGGGAACACCUGCAAUAAUUUUAUUAAUAGAAGCAGGAACUGAUUUCUCCUAAUGUAAGGAAUUUAGGAUAACGGUGAAUCACUCAUUUGAGUCAUUUUCAUGCUGUUGAAAUGGAGAGGUGGAAGAGGAGUUCAGAUACAAGUCUUCCAUAAUCUUCUAAACUGAGUUAAGGUUUUAUUUCACUCUCCAAAGAGACUUUACAUUCUGAGAAUAAAGUAACAGUUAUCUGCUUGAACUAAUUGAGGUAAUUGGGAUGACGUUUCUCAAAGCAAGCUUUUUGAUGUGAUCCCACUUUCCCUUGGUAGAAGCCUGUUUGCUCUCAAGGAAUUCAUUGCUUCACUUCCUAAUGCUCUUGGAGUCACCACAUGAGAUUUCAUGGCAAAUUCCUUUGCUGUUUUUCUCGCAGAUCAUUGACAGAAAUUUUGGAGGCUCUAUUUACAGGGAUCAGGAACCCUUGUUUCUUCCUGGCAACUCACUGGUAGUUCCAAUUAAACUUUUAAUGGUUAGCCAGUCACUGGAUAAAUUUACCUGGGCCGUAUUCUCCCGUCUACUAGGCGAUCACAUAUUAUAAAUGGUUUUAACUGAUGUUCCUUUUAUGUACUUUUUAGCUUUCUCUAGCAGCUAUAGCGAGUGGCUGUUGGCUUCUGUUUUCAGAACGUGCAAAGUUUUUUAUGUGCGAUUCUGGGACCAGCUGAGAAAUGAGCGCAUGAAACCUUCCUUAGACUUAACCUUACAGCUUGGUGGUAUGAAAGGAGCAUGCUUCAAAGAUAUUUUGUGUGAAACCAAUGGUGCUGGCCUGGACUUUGUUGUCCACAAUUGACAGUGCUGUCUUUGUCCAGAUGCAGCCUCAACUGCUAAUUCAGAACUUGCUUUCUUAUGACUCCCAAACAUGCGAAACUGCGCUGUGUAUACUCUGGACAGAAAAAAGCCUUGUUUUAGCAAAACAACGGAAAAUACAUCAACACAGUUAUUAGGGAUUUUGUGUUAAAUUAACCUUGGUUUAUCUGAUACAGACAGAAAUAUCAGGUAGAGACAGACGUUCAUAUUUGUGCCCUCAUUUCCCUCUUUGAAGAGGACGUGCCUUUCUUCAGCUAGUGUAACUGAUGCUGACACUAAUUACAAUUUCUGUACACCUGAUGUAUGCGCAAACAGGUAUUGCUUUGGGAAACUGCAACCCGUAAAUGAAAAACUGCAGUUUAUCCAAAUAUUGGUGUAUGUAGCUAGUGAAGCAACACUUGAGUUCCAAACAUUGCCUGAUGGCAGAUAACACCAAAACAUCCAUAAUGCCUGAUGUUUGUAGAAACCUACAGGCUUCUGUGUAUUUUUCUUCACCAAGUGCCAUUGUCUGGAGUGUCUCUGCAUCUUUUGCACUUGUAGAGGAAGUGCUAUUCCAGAUGUGGCUCCUACCGCAGCAUUCUGCAAGCUGUAAGGGAAUAGGAGUAUUUCAGUGAUGUAACUUCUACUCACCACUUUCUGCCUUUACUUUAGUAGGUAGGCCUUUAGCGUGGGCUUGACUUGCAGGCAGCAAUAAUUCUGUGCCUUGUAAUUCAAGAUUAUUGUUCUGUAGGUAAAUUUCAGUAACUGAGUAAAUAGUUUAUCAUUGUUUAAAAUAUAUUUAUUUAAGCCAGUGCACGUUUUUUAAUACAGGUCAGGCUUAAAUCAACAGUCUAGUUACCCUGGUGCAAGCCCAUAACUUUUGCUUAAUUCAAAGAUGUACUUUAAAAAGUUUGUGAUAUGUUUGAACUGCUCUUCAAUAGACCUUUUAUUUCAACAACAGGCACCUCUUUUUUUUUUUUUUUUUUCCCUACGCAAAUUUGCAAUUUUGUACUGAAGCUACUACUGUUUUUUAAAAGUUUUUACUCUUUUAGAUAUUGAAAUCUUGUAGUUCUGCAUCUUUUGUGGAUACUCCUAACUGGAUGACAAUAACUGUGUGGUCUGUCCCGUGAGCAAACAUUGUCGCACACAUCCUGUUUCUGUAGGCUCACAGUGCAGCCAUCCUGGUGUUAACUGGAAAGAGGGUAUGGAGAGAGAAAAUUCUACUGCUUAAUCAAUCUGUUUGAAUUGAUUACGUUCUUGAUUGCGUAAUGCUAGAACACUUUAUCCCCAUCUAGAUAACUUAAUAGAUUGCACAUCAGUACUGAAGAGAUUUAAUACCAUUGUGAUGAAAAGGAGCAGAAAGCGAACUUUGAACAGAACUAUGAAAACUUAACUGUUUUCAGAGUACCUCGUUAAUAGACUCAUUUAAAUGCCUUGUAUUUCUGUGUCUUUCUGUCAAGAGGAGGAAAAAUCCUGCUGGUCUGACAGUUCAUUUACUCUAGCAUCUGAUUUUCAUGCGAAUGAACCCCAGGGGUGCACAGAUCCAAUGAACUUUUCCAUUCAAUGGGCAUUCUUUCAGUUUAUGAUCUUUCCUCUUUUUUUUGUAAUUAUUAAUAUGUUUUAUUGUAAGUAGUCCAGUGCUUCAGUCUACAAUCCAUUCCCUUCCUCCCACGUUUUCUUUUUUGUCCCCCCCACCCCGCGGACAGGUCGCAAAUACAGACCUAAAACAAUCACGUAGCUGGAUUUUGUCCAUUUUCUUAAGACCAGAAUACCCCAGAGUGAAGUUAUGAGGAUUUCCAAAACUCAAGAUUUCUCGUUACCGAGUAGAAAUGCAACAUGUACGUUACCGUUCACGGAAGAGACUCUACGAAGAGACCGAUUUUAAUCUUUCAGCAUGUGAAUAAUUCCUAAAAUACAUAAGUUUUUUUUUUUUUU